CAAAGGCGAAGGGUGCGAGCCGCCUCUGCUGCCUAGCCUCCAGACCUCUCUCACCCACCUCUGGCUAGGCUUGGGUCACGUGACAGGCCAUCAUGGAGUGGGUGCAGGUCCGGGGUCUUCGGCUUCGUUUUCUCUUACUUCUUCUGUUGACGAUUCUGGCCGAAGACAGCGUGAGAGCCUUGGAGUGCGUGCAGGAGCCGGGUGGCUUGCAGAGGGUGACGCUGCCCACAGGGGAAAUAGCACUCUACUGCAAGUCCCAGACAAUGUGGAGUAAUGGCGACACGGUCGUCAUCACACGCUGCCCCGAUAAACAAGUGGAGGCAGGCUUGACUUGUCCAGAAUUGAAACCUGCUCCCUUAAAUUGUGACGCAAUGGCCGUUCCGAACCCCAGCAAUUCCCUGGUUAAUCACACCUUCCAAGUCGGCACGACCACCGCCGGCAAAUACCUCACCUGCAUGCCGCCCUUCGCCUGGAUCAGCGGCCUCCCGGGCGUACUCACACAGUGUGCCAACGGGACCUGGACACCCGUGUUCGACCUCUGCGACGCCACUUGCACCUUUCCUCGAGACUGCUCGGACAUCGCCAACUUGGGCUUCACUGCGUCGGGCGAGUUCGAUGUGGUAGUGACGGCCAAAACCACAGACCCCACGAUGCCGGUGACGUGCCGGCUGUCGGAGGUGAAGGGUGACACCGGCUGGACGGUGGUGAUGCGCUACGCCUUCCCCGUCACCAAGCCGAUCCCCUUCUCCAAUAAAGAGCCCAGCGGGAACUUCAGCGACUGGAACUACUUUAUCGGCUUCAACCCGCUGGAGUACAUGGGCUGGAAUCCAGAUUAUACUGUCCGACGCAUGAUCCUGAGGAUGGAGAUCACACUGGCCAGCGGCGAGGUGCUCUUCAUCGAGUACUCCGGGUUCCACCUAAGCAAUGACAACAACUACGAGCUCCAAGGACUUGGGAGCCCACACGGGACUGCUGGCAGCAUAUUGGACGGAAAUUAUGCCCAAAGACCCGCCACUGACGACAUCUGGUGGAAGUGUCCCACUGGUACAAUGUGCACCUCGGUGUCGUGGGACAGCAUGAUCAUCCCGGUGUUUGGGUCUCCUGCAGUGAGCCACCUCGUCGUGCUCGCCAGGCCAGCGAGCUUCGACGCGGAGGUGGCAUGCCCCCCCGUCAUCAAAUACCCUACCUGGAACUGGAGUUCAAAUCGCUCCAUGGAUAUGAGUCGCGCGCCGGGCAGCACCGCCAACUUCACGUGCGCCCCCUACCUGUUUGAGGGCAUCUCCAGGCCACCGAGCGAACGAAAGACCUUCGCAAACAUCGUGUGCCUCCAGGGAAUGGGCGCCCCAUACUGGUCGUUCGUACCAGAGCUGCCCUGCAAAUUCGUGUGCCCGGAUGGUUUCACCAGAAUCGAGGGCGCCCGCAAGUGUCUUAGCCCCUCCACAGCGCCCGCCACUGGAGGCGUGCACGGCGCAGCACUUAAGUGCGGCGCCAACGACACGUCCCUGGCACUGGUGGGCACAGAUGGUCUGCCUGCUAACUUGCUGACACCCGAGGUCUUCUACUACACAGGAAAUGCUUUCAGCAAUGGCACGUUUGAUCCCGCCCUGCCCGACACCUUCACCUGUGCUGCUGGGGAGGAAUGCACCGGUAACGACACCAAUCCCUGCCUGGCGGUGCGGGUGAUGGCCGACGGUAAGACGCAGUACCGCGUUCAAAACUGUUCCCGGGUGGACACCAACUACCUGUGCAUGUAUCCAGGGAUGUGUCCUGCGAAUUUCUUCUUCCACGAGGGACUCUGCUACAAGGUGGUCCCGCCUGUCACUACCCUCACGGACCUCUCGGAUGCCAUUGCCCUCUGUAACGACGAAGGUGCCGUCCUGGCCUACCCCGAGACGAUGGCGAGGCUCACCUUUAUCGAGGAGCUGAUAAAGGCCCAAGACAGCUACGCCAUGUCCCAGCCAGCAAACGCCGUCCUGGCCCUAAACGACAGGCAAGGUGACUGGACACAGCAGGGACUGUACACGCUGGACGCCGAGGUUAUGGCUCUCGCUGGCACCUCCUUCCUGGGCAGCAACUACCGCCUUCUGCAGGUCUCCGACAUGGCCGCCCUCAAGCUAAUCCCAGUCACCCUCCAGCCCCAAGUCAUGGUGCACUACGUCGCCUGUCAGCUCUACGGCGUGCGAGGCUGCUCGGGCGACCCACAACUGCCAGGGGUGAACAUGGUCAGGAAUUACAACUACACGAAGAACCUUCAGGACAAGGCCAUCUACAGCUGCUUCCCGGGCUACUUCGUGGGGGGCAACAUCAGCAUGAAGGCCGUGGAGGAGGUGUGCGUGGGCGAGCUGGGCGGCUGGACCCUCAACGCAACGCUCACCACCGGCCUCAUGUGCCUCGGAGCUAACGUAUGCCCGGCGACGAGCCUCCCAGUGCCGCCCUCUGCCCUCAUCACCAGCGUCAUGGGCAUCAACCACCUUUGGCUCAACGGCACCGUCUCUUACUCCUGCCCCCACAACACCACCACCGCUUCCCUAAACACCACCCAGAACGUCACCUGCACCGAGACAGUCCCGGACACCUACGCCUACGUGCCCGCCGCCUUGAUGCCUUGCAACGUGUGCCUCGGCGUCCCCACCGUGGCUAACGGCACAACGAACCACGCAGCAGCCACGUCGUACACACGGGGCAUGACGGUGACGGCCACGUGCCUCCCCAGCCACACCUACAACGCCCUGGGGAACACGACGCAGAUUAUUUCGUGUCUUGAAACUGGAUGGCCUGCAUUUCUGCCGUGCUACAAGGCUUGCCUGAAACCUUUCCCAACCCCUGGCACCAGCAUGACGCAAUCGCCCCUCACCCCCAACAUCACCAUCGGCACGCGGAUCACCUAUACCUGUGUCGGGGCAUUCAAGACACUCCUGCCAGACAACAUAACCCUGGUGGCCUCGGUGACGGUGACCUGCAGUGUCACCGGAGAAUGGGACACCGCCGGACCCCUGCCGCCCUGCCUUCAUUACUGUGAGAAUGAGCCCAUGGUAGCCAGCGCCACCACCACCUGGCUAGCCACCAAGAAGUACGCUGCCGGCGCCCAGGUGAACGCAACAUGCAUCGCCAAUCACGUGGCUGGCGUCAACACAACAGUACAGACGCUCAACUGCACCGCGGCGGGCUGGACCACGGGCAUCCCUUGUGUUUCGGGCUGCUUGGCGGCCCCUCCCGCGGCGGGCGUCAACAUGAUCGCGCCUCCCGUGCUUGCCAGUCACACGGGUGCCACCCUCACAUACACGUGCAUCAACGAUACCUUCGCCUCAGUUGACCUGAUGCUGCCGCCGGUGACUGCCAUUGUGGUGACGUGCGAUGCCAGCGGUCUCUGGGUCACCACCGCCACCACCGCCACCACACUGCCGGACUGUCUGUUUGCGUCGACAACCCAGCCCGUGCUGCCUGCCGGGUCCACGUUAUCCGGCGCUGUCCCUCCCUACUUGGCGGGCGACGUCUUGACUCAGACGUGCGAUGCCGGCUACGCCUCGGGCACAGGCGCCACCUCCACCCAGCACACUUUCGACGGGACGCAGUGGGUGCCCGCAGACCCCACCUUCGAGUGUCUUCUCCUUCCAUCAGGUGUGUGUGUGCAUGUGUGUAUUCGUUUGCCAAGUUUUGCAGCAGCAGAAGUAACCAUGUAGACUAUGGUGAGUAUUUUGUAUUUUGUAAGUAUAUUCAAGUGUUUUUUGAUAUACUCAAGUUCCCUCUCUACACUACUAUUUCUCAUCUGAUUGUAAGUCAAGUGUGCAUAGAGUUUAGAAUCUAUGAAAUUAGCAGCAACAGAAGUAAUUAGGUCUCCCAUGGUAAGUAUUUUGUAUUUUGUAUGUAUAUAUCGUGUUGUUGACAUACCUAAGCUCCAUCUCUAUAUUUCUGAACAUCUCUCAUCUGAUUUAGGUCAAGUGAGCAUAAUUUGGAAUUAAUGAAAAUAGCUUAUUGUAAGUUUUAUGCUAUCAUGAUCAUGACUAUAUUAAUCCCAUCACCCAUACCUUCUAAAAUGACUGUAUAUUGAUUAUGGGGAGUGUGUGUGUGUGUGUGUGUGUGUGUGUGUGUGUGUGUGUGUGUGUGUGUGUGUGUGUGUGUGUGUGUGUGUGUGUGUGUGUGUGUGUGUGUGUGUGUUCUGCAAGUCCUGAUACAACAAACAAUGUCAUAGUAAUCCUUUUAAAACAAUGUUAACUUAG